UUUAAUUUGUCACAUGAGUGGUGUAAUCAUUAUCUUGCCCAGAAACUCCCUGCGUUUCCACAGUAAACUUUAUGGAGGUGGUGCUUGUGCGUAAUGGUGAAAACGUUGGUAUCGUUUUACUUCAUUUGUGCCUCUUGCGUAAGACACAGCGGAACCAGGGCUCCUCCCCAUGUGCACAGAAGUUAUAGCCUGCAGUAUGGAGCUCUUCUUCUGACUCUCUCCAAGGAAGUCGAAGAAAAAACAUUCCCCCUUUAUGUAGGAAGGUUUAUUCAGGGCACUCCCUUGUAGUGCAUUGUUCCUAUAGCUGUAUCCGCUGUAACAAGGUAUUUAAAAUAAAAAAAUAGAAACAAGAUGCAGAAGAUCUUGCUUUCGGAGCCGUGAUGAACGCGCCCCCCGGAGCGCAUGGAGAGCUGCGUGCGCCUCUCCUCCAAGGGCUGUGGGAGCACGUGAGAUCCGGGCAGGAGGAGAUCCUCCUCUCCCCUUACCUGUCGGCGUCCUUCGCCUUCCUCACCCACAUCCUCCUCUGCUCGCCUUUCCUCGCGCUGGACGUGCUGGGCGGCUUCUGUCUGCGCGUGCGCUCGUGGAGGAUCGCCGCGGGUUCGGGUCCGCCGCCGUCCCCGCGCCGCUGGCUGGACUGUUUCUGGAGGGUUCUGUGUGGGUACGCGACCACCAUCCUGCCGGCCACCGCGCUGGUCCACGCGCUGAGGAGCCCCGCGCUGCCGGCGCUGGCUCCGUCCUGCUGGCGGCUCUUCACGGAGGUCUUCGCGUCGUUGCUGCUCUUCGACACGGUCUUCUUCAUUUGCCACGUCGCCAUGCACAGGGUGCCGUGGCUCUACCGCAACACCCACCAGCUGCACCACCGGCACCACACGCCCUUCGCCCUGGCCGCCCAGGACAGCGGCUCUCUGGAGCUGCUCACCCUGCUGCUGCUGUCUCUGGGCAGCGCCUGUGCGGUGGGCUGCCACCCUCUGAGCGAAGCCGCCUUCCACCUCAUCAACACCUGGCUGGCGGUGGAGGACCACUGCGGCUACGAACUGCCCUGGGCUCUGCACAGGCUGCUGCCCUGCGUCGGGGGAGCCCCCCACCACCAAGUCCACCACAAAGUCCUCAGUGUCAACUUCGCCCCCUACUUCGUCCACUGGGACGUCCUGUUCGGCACGUACCGGGCACCGGGGCGGCACUCGCGUCCACAAUGACACAGCUGGUCGUCCCGCGCCGAGCUGCCAGGGUGCAAUGAGGGACGGUCUCUGCAGGGUUUUUUGGUCUUUCCGGGUGUUUCAGCGGGGAGCCGUCGUCGCGAUGUCUGCAGCCGACCACCCACGUUUGUUUCCUUCUCCCAUCCUAUCGAGACAGCGUUUAACACAAAAUCGCCCAUUACCAUGAGGUGUAGCAUCCGCAAUGUGAAGCACUUGUAUCUUGCAGCUGCUGUUUAUAGUGUUGAAUACAGAUGAGAUAAAUCAAGACUGCGAAAGAACAAACAAAUAUGCAACGGAUGUGUUCUCCCCAUUGCAGGGGCGUAACACCCUCGUGACAUGGGUGGCUUUUUGAGACGUAAGGCAGAUGAUCCUCGGUAGCUAAUUUUGUUCGUGCUCAAAAAUCACAAAAUCUGAGUAUAUUUUUGCUGAUUUGUUCUCGUGCCAUUUUUAACUUUACAAACCGGCCAAAGGAAGUUUUUACGAAAGUCUUAAGUUUGUAAUCAGCUCAAUCGCAAACUACAACGUCAGGGCUUAGCCGCUUAGCUUAGCAUAGCGGUUCCCAAACUGGGGGCCGCGGCUC